AUGGCGUCCCCUUACCGUGGGGCAGAUUCUGGAGAUGUUCCCACCCCGAAGCCGAAGAUAUCAACUUCUUGUCGCUCGGUAUCAGAGUCUUUAAACCAAGUCGGUUCGAAUUCGAAACAACCUUCAAGUAUAGGUUCUCCAGUGUUGUCAGCAAAUACGGACCCUCUUUCGCCAGAUGCGGCUGACCGGGUUUUUCCUAUACGCUCGGUGGUUGCUGUUGAUACUACUCGACAAGCCCCUGGACGAUCAGAAUCUCCUUUGGGAUCGGAAAGAAGUUUCGGUUUAAUAUCGCCGCCAGACCCUGCGACUGUUCUUAGUAGUGAUGCAGGAAGCGUGCGUAGUGCCCGCGAGAGCAUCGCAUCUAUUCUUUCGGCCGGUCAAACUCUUCCUCCGGCGCAGAAUGCUGGAGCAGAAGAAGGUUUCUUAACUCAAAGGUUUUCGUACCAACAUACAUCAGAUGGGCACAUGGUUGUCACCGGUAUCGCAGGGGCGGAAACUUUGCAAAGAUGCGAGGAUGAACCCAUACACUGUCCGGGUGCAGUUCAAGGGUUUGGGGCGCUUAUAGUUCUCAAGCAGGAUCCGAAGGACGACUCAAAACUGGUUGUUCGAAUCGCCAGCGAGAAUACGGGAAUGAUUGUUGGAUACUCACCAAGAAUACUGUUUGGACUUCCUUCAUUCACCAGGAUUCUCUCCGACGAACAGGCCGAAAAUCUCCUGGACCAUAUUGAUUUUACUAGAGAAGGAGCGGAUGACUUGGCGCAGAACGGCCCUGAAGUAUUUUCACUCAUCGUCACAGGGCGGGAUGCUCUCCAGAUAAAACUGUGGUGUGCUGCCCACAUUGCUACCCACGAUCCAAGCCUCAUUAUUUGCGAAUUCGAACUUGAAGAUGAUCAGAUCUUCCCGAUUGCCGCCGCGGAUGACGAACGACCACCUCCAGCAGAAAAUACCCUCGACUCCGACCCAACAGAAGAGGAGCUUUUAGAGUCGACAACCAGCCUUAGUAAGCCAUUGCGGGUUCUACGCCACGCUAGACGGCGUCGAGGUGAAGCUGCGGCCAUGGAAGUCUUCAAUAUUUUGUCACAAAUCCAGGAACAACUAGCAUCGGCUCCUGAUUUGACCAAAUUCUUGAGAGUGUUAGUCGGUGUAGUCAAGGAGCUUACCGGAUUCCACAGAGUCAUGAUAUACCAGUUCGACGAGGCUUGGAACGGCAAAGUCGUAUCAGAACUUGUGGAUUAUCGAGCAACGAAAGAUUUAUACAAAGGGUUAAACUUUCCAGCAAGCGAUAUACCAAAACAGGCGCGAGAGCUUUACCGGUUAAACAAAGUCAGACUACUAUAUGACCGGGACCAGGUUACAGCUCGACUUGUCUGUCGAACAGCAGAGGAUUUGGAGGUCCCGUUAGACAUGACCCACACUUACCUUCGAGCGAUGUCUCCAAUCCACAUUAAAUACCUCUCCAACAUGGCUGUACGUGCGUCGAUGUCAAUCAGCAUCACAGCAUUUAAUGAGCUCUGGGGAUUAAUAUCCUGCCAUACUUACGGGAAUAGAGGUAUGAGGGUGGCAUUCCCUAUAAGGAAACUCUGUCGUCUCAUUGGAGAGACCGCAAGUCGAAAUAUUGAGAGGCUAUCAUAUGCGUCCCGACUGCAAGCAAGGAAACUCAUCAAUACUGUGCCCACGGAGGCCAAUCCUUCCGGAUAUAUCGUUGCCUCGUCAGAUGACCUACUAAAGCUUUUUGACGCAGACUUCGGGUUAUUAUCAAUCCGCGACGAAACGAAAGUUCUCGGGCAUCUAGAAGAUACACAGGAGGCUUUAGCUUUGGUGGAAUACUUCAGAAUCAAGUCAUUUACAUCUGUAAUAACGAGCCAACAGCUAUUGAGUACGUUUCCGGAUUUAAAAUACCCUCCUGGAUUUAAAACCAUUGCUGGUGCUCUCCUUGUUCCCUUAAGUGGUGCUGGAAAAGACUUUAUUGUUUUUUUCAGGAAAGGCCAGCUACGACAUGUCCACUGGGCCGGCAAUCCGUACGAAAAGACUCUCAAGGCGGGUACUUCUGGACUCUUAGAACCACGGAAAAGCUUUAAAAUUUGGAGCGAGACGAUAGUUGGUAAGAGCAAGGAGUGGACCGACGACGAAGUUGAAACCGCGGCUGUAUUAUGCCUCGUCUAUGGAAAAUUCAUUGAGGUUUGGAGACAAAAAGAGGCAGCACUUCAAACCAGCCAACUUACAAGAAUUCUGCUCGCAAAUGCCUCACACGAAGUCCGAACUCCGUUGAAUGCGAUUAUAAACUACCUCGAAAUAGCCCUAGAAGGCCCACUUGAUACCGAAACUCGCGAGAAUUUAUCCCGGUCACACUCCGCUUCUAAAUCUCUUAUCUACGUCAUCAACGACCUACUUGAUUUGACAAGAACGGAAGAGGGACAUAAUCUAAUAAAAUUCGAGGUUUUCGAUCUUUCCUCAACUGUGCGCGAAGCCGCGGAUGCCUUCAAAAGCGACGCUGCGAGGAAAGGAAUUGAUUUUGAAGUCAUUGAAUACCCUGGACUUCCCCAAUUUAUUAAAGGUGACCAAUCUAAACUACGGCAGGCCGUUGCAAACUUGGCGGCGAACGCAAUUUCUCAUACAAGUACAGGCGGUGUAAAGGUGGAACUUUGGCUUUCCAGCAUAGUGGAAAACCGUUGCGAUAUCGAAAUUGCAGUCCAAGACACCGGAGUUGGGAUGUCCCCAAAGAAACUCGACAAAUUAUUCCGAGAAUUAGAACAAGUACAAAGUGAUAUGGAUUAUGAAGACGGCGGGUCAGAUCUUCUUAGUCCAGGCCCUGCCACAUCAACGGAAUCCCAGUUUGAGAAAGAGAAUAUCUUAGGUCUGGGCCUUGCCAUCGUGGCCAGGAUUAUCCGCAACAUGAACGGACAAUUGCGCUUGAAAUCAGAAGAAGGGAAAGGGUCUCGAUUUUCUAUUCAAAUGCCCUUUACCAUACCUGAUGCCACCCCCAUAGCCCCAGGAGAUAACAGAUCACCAAUUUCAUCACCCGCUGGCCCGAGGACACCGCAUCUCGAGAACGACCCUUCUGAGCGGACUCUGGUCCGGAAGGAUCGCUCAAGAAGUCGACCAGCUUCAGCUGCCAUGCCUGCGGUUAUGCGCCGACACAGCGACGACAGUAUGCAUUCGAACAACAGUAUGAACAGCUUCAGGAGUGGGAAUAGUAAUAAAAGUGAGGUGGAUAGGUUACUAGAAAGUUUUUCUGGUUCUCCACUUGCUCAAACCCCCAUUACGGAAGAGAAAAGGUUGGUUUCGGGCCCCAGUAGAUCUGGCAGGUUGUCAGCUGGUUCUGCGAAAGAACUAUCUCCACCGCCAAAUACAGUUCUCGCCAGUACGAUCACAAAACCUGGGCUGGAACCUGUCACUGAUACAAAAACGCCGCUCAAAGCCGUCCGCAUUGAUGAAGGAGAUUCUCAGCUAGAUAUUGGAGAUACUCAAGCAGAUGUAAAGGUUGCUACGGGGUCUGCUCCAGUUUGUCCCCAAAGGGAUACAAGUCAGCCAUCUGCAUCCGGCAAUACGUACGAGACUCAACGGCAGAAUGGUGAGGAUCCGGACCAAAAGGAAUUCCAUGUCUUAGUUGCAGAAGACGACCUCGUCAAUAGCAGGAUCAUCAAGAAAAGGCUUGAAAAGCUCGGCCAUCGAGUCACCCUUACUGUGAAUGGGGAGGAAUGCGCGGCUGUCUUUGCGGAACGAGGCACUGAUUUUGAUGCUGUCUUGAUGGAUAUACAAAUGCCUAUCAUGGAUGGCUACGCUUCUACUAAAACUAUUCGGAAAAGUGAAACUGAAGGCAAUAGUGAUGCCCUUCCAGACACACAUAAGCUGAAUGGAAGAAUACCAAUAGUUGCCGUUUCAGCCUCCUUAUUAGAAAAGGAGCGGCAAAUGUACAUUGAUUGUGGCUUCGAUGGGUGGAUACUUAAACCCGUCGACUUCAAACGCCUAAAUACUUUAAUGGAUGGUAUAGUUAACCCAGAAACCCGAUUGACCUGCCUCUACACACCUGGGCAAUGGGAACGAGGCGGUUGGUUCGGUGGCUGCCCAUCGUCUUAG